GUUGUAAACUUCCGUUGACAUAAAUCUCAUCAUCAAUGUCGGCCAAGGCUUGCCCAAGCUGAAGUAACACAGUAACAGUUGCAACAGAAGAGAACAUGACAUCGGCACCGACAGUGAAUGAUUGUAGGUGUUCCUCCCACCUAAAACAUCCAAGAAUCUAUUGCUCAACAAAAACUGGUUGCCCCCCUCGUCCUGUGUGUCCAGGGGGAUGUUUUCCUGGACAAUGCAAGAAUGGACAGUGUCCUUUCCGGAUGCAUGAGCAAAUUUUAUAUGGCAGACCUGAAUUAGAAAAGGAAGCUGAAUACAAUCGAAAAUGCUUGGAGGAGGCCAGAAAGGAAAUGAAAAGGAAAGAGCGACAGGAAUUUAUAGCACAAGAACAAAGACUUGUUGGAAUGAGAGAUCCGACUAGGAGUGAUACUUCAGAUGGGGCUGAGAGAAGAAAACGUGGCAAAAACAAUGGACAGUUGGAAAGUCGUUACCCUAUUUUGAAUUUGACCCCAGGAGGGUCCAAGACCAUGAGGACCCCAGCAAGGCCGUUGUGUAUGCUGGAAGUUCCCCCCUUUACUCCACCGGUCGACGACUACACCGAGCUUUCCCGCUUCCUGCGCAUCUCCACCAUGCCGGGGUACAGCAACAGUGAUACUGUCAGCGAAUACAAGGAUAACCACAAUAUGGCUGUCUGGGACAACCAGAAGGACUUGGAAAAGCAAAUGUUCAAGAUGAAGCGAGACUGGCUUAGUAACUGGGGCGAGUUUAACGUGAAAGAGCAACGCUGGAGGAAAGCUUGGGUGGAAAAAUUCGGAGCAGACACCAAGUCUUAAGAAUCCAGGCAGACUGGUUUCCGUCAAGAUUUCUGUGAUGCUUUACACAUCAACGAAGAGGAGACAUCUCAGCCUGUAGAGUUACAUCAGCUUUGGUCGCUAUAGAGGCUAUUUUGUGUUGGAACAGGAAUCUUAAACAAGACCGGACUUCUCACCAGCUUAAAAAAAAAUUGGCUCAGAAAUGAAUGUACAAUCUUUAUUAGUAGUAAAUUUUGCACAAUAGUAAUACCACUGCACCAUUACUAUUGAAAGUUGCAAUAUUUUUAAUGAAUAAAAGCAUUUACAUUUUUAUAACAGUAUUACAUAUUACUAAAUAAACGCUGCAAUGAUCAGAAUGAUUGUUAGUGAAAUAAUUUUUGUUGUAUUUAUUUUAUCCAAGAGAAAGAGAAUAAAGCACAUUAGCAGUACACAGUUCACUCCCUGCUUGUCUAACGGCAUAUAUCAUUUAAAUCUGCUAGGUUUUUUGCUAGUCACAUAAUAAUUAUAUAUGUUAUUUGUAUUAGUUUUUUACUUUCACCUAAUUUUUGGAAAACAAGCACUGAUACGCCAAUUCUUCUCUCACAUAGUCAUUGGAAUAACAAAACUGCAUUAGAAUUAAUUUGUUCGUACUAUAAAAUAAUUGUCUUUUUCUUUACUAUGCCUUCAGAGUGGGUCUCUGUUUUGUUGAAGAAAACUCUAGAAUCUGAAAUGAUUUCAUUUUGUUUACCCUUUCUUGUCAUUGCAUUUAAUUAUUCUUUUUCUUUCUGUAAGAGGAUAAGAAUUACUCUGAAGUGAAAGUUUAAGGAGUCUGAGAAUAAUUAAUACCUGGAAAAUGGUGUUCAGGACAAAGAUUUUUUUAUAUAAAUCUAGGUGUCUCCUCUCUUGGGUUGGGUUCUAUUCUAUUCUUUCUAGAUGUGUGCCAUGUAAUGUAAUGAAUAUUUUGUGGGUUGUGGGCAUUUUCUUUGAGUGGUUUUAUUCUUGCUUGAGUUUUGCAGUGUAUAAUAUAGCAGGAUACCUGAAUUCUUCAGUAAACAAAAGCCGUCUUGAUGGAAGUUUGACAUUUGAUAAUUGCACAAAACUGUAUAAGCAAAGAGUCCAGAAUCUGAAAUUUGAUUAGAUGCUUGGAGAAUAAGAAUUUUGUGUAUUUUUUCCUUGCUUCCAUCCAGUUCCUUUGCUUUUGAAAAUGUGUUUCCUCAAUCAUGAUAUAAUAAUUUCAUUUUGAAUCUUGCAAUCAAAUAAUAUUGCGGAAAACAAGGAUUGGUGGUGAUAUAAGGGGUUGUGGAUGGGUGGAGGAGUGGCACACACAAAAAGUUUUCUGUCGUCUAAAAAAUAUAAGAUGUCAAGUGUCAUCUCACGGAAACUGCAUUAUCAUAACAAAAUAAAAUAAAA